AUGUAUUUGCCCAGCACAGUAACUGACGUGCCACUUGAGGCCGAUGAUGCAAACACUGAAUCCCUUAAUCCGGGUGAAUGUUUCUCUGCAGCAGAACAUUUGAAUGAAGAAGAUCCGCAGUCAUCUACAACUGUAAAUACAAAGCCACAUGAACAUGGAGAGUCUUCAGCUAAUAACGUCACAAACAUUUUGUUGCAAAUUUCACCUUUUCCUCAGGGAAAUGCAAGAAAGUCCAGAAGAAGGAAGGCCAAGGGAAGUUACCAAGAUGUUCUUACCACGAGUCCAUAUCUACAGAGUCUUCGCGAACAAGAGAAUAUUAAAAAAGCGAGAGAGGUAAGAAAGAAUAAGCGAAACUCAGUGAAGACAAAUGUGUUUGAUGGUUCCUUAGAAUGUGGAGAUAAAGAUAUUGAAAAAGGUGCAGUUAAAAUCUAUGAAAAUGAAUCAGACUGUGAAGAGCCCUUUAAUGAGGACGACGACGAUGAUUGCGCAUGCCUCUAUUGCAAUGAGUUGUAUAGUCUAUCCAAAUCUCAAGAAGGCUGGUUACGUUGCCAAAUGUGUCAUAUGUGGGCUCAUAUAGAGUGUGAGGACUAUCAAUGA